AUGACCGAAGCUGUAUCGCCCCCGGUUCCGGUCUCUGCGACCAAGAAGAAGUUUGCGACGCCUCCCGUCAAAAUUGCUUGCCUUGCCUGUCGAGCAUCACGAACACGAUGCGAUGGGUCGACUCCAUGUGCUAGUUGCAAGAGUAGAGGGCGCGAAUGCGUCUACAAGCCCAGCCGGAGAGGCGGCGCCCGUGUGAGGAGAAAGCCGCGCCCGGCCGAGGAGCUCGCCCAGCAGGUUCAGGCCUUGAAUGGAGAGAUGCCUCCUGACGAAGUUGCCCAUCAAGACCCCAUCUCUGUCCAAAACUACAUCGACCCUGGCGCUGGCCUGAAGCAGCUGCAGGACUUUUUCCAGGACAGCGACUUCAUCUUUGACACGCUGUUCAUGUCGGGCGUGCCGGGGAGCACAAGUGGCGAGAGCGCUUCCGAGAACUCGUUCAACUUCUCCCCGCCUCAGGUUCCCGUUGCGAGAACCUACAAGAGUGACCAAGCCAUCCUCGACGCCUACUACAUCUUCAUCCACCCCUUCUUUCCCAUCCUGCCGCCGCCUGCCUCCUUGCCCAUGGACCAGGCCGUGCCGCAUUUCCAGAACGACACGGACGGCUUCGCCGACGAGUACCAGCCUUCGACACCCCUGAGUCUGGCCAUCUCUGCCAUUCUUGCCCUGAUCCCAUGUUCCAACGACACCAACCAUUUGAACAAAGAGUCGGUCGUCUUCCGCCGGAGAUAUGCCCAGUACCUGGCCCAAUGCGCCAUCGAGAGCAUCGAAAUCGAGUCGGAACUCCCCGAUUCCUCCAUUGAACCCCCAAAAGCGCUCAACGAGUCCCCCGACGACUUCCACAGGGAGCAGCUCCACCCCGGCGUGCCUGUAGAGCUGGAGAGCAUCGUUGCCUUGGACAUCCUCAGCGUUUACGAGUAUGCACAAAGGGGCAACCUGAAGAAGAUGCAGGCCAGGGCAGGCCAGGCUUUGGUGGCCGCCAUGUCCCUGUCGCUUCACACCUGCACCGAGGAUGACGAACAUUCCGAGGCCAAGCGUAGGGUUUGGUGGAUGACGUACAUCUGCGUAUGCCAGGGGUCCAUUGUCAGCAACACGCCGACCUUUUCGGUAUUCACACCCAGCUAUACGGCAAAAUACCCUGUAAUCCAAUCCGACCCCGAGGCCUUUGCUGUCUUCAUCCAGGCCCAGCAAGCGAUUCUUUCGGCAACCCAAUUUGUCAUUGAGCUUAAUAAGACUGUCAAAUCCGGAGGUGACAUGACCCGCAUCUACACGCGGAUGAAGGAGAUGGAGCAGUACCUCGAGCCGCUCAAUGCCAUGGCCGACUCCUGGAUCCUGCAGUCGACGACGACAACGCCACUCGAUCCUACGGAGGAAGUCCUGUCUCGCUCGCUAAGGUGUAUGGCUCGCAUCAAGCUCAACAGUGCGCGGAUCAAGUUGCACCGAUACUGCGCCUUCUUUGACAUGCCCGUCUUCUCCGGGAAGCACUGCGACCUCAAGUCCAAAUCCGAUAACGACGGCAACACGGAGCCGCGAUCCUGGCCAUCAUGCUCUUGCAGUUCUAUGAUGAGCCUGCCGUCACCCCCAGUGCCCACCACUUCAAACGGAUCGACGACGCCCACGGACAAGAAGUCUUCCCCUCACUCGGAACACUCGCCCAAUGGCAACUCGCCGGCGACGUUCCCCUUCAGCAGUCAUCAGUCGGCCAAGAUCUGCCUCAAGGCGGCCAUUAACAUUGCCCAGUCGUUCGACGACCUCCCAUAUCCCAAUCCGUUCGGCCAGCUGUGUCCCCCGCCGUGUUAUCUGGCACCCACCUCGACCAUCGUUUGUCCGCGGACCAUGCCCUCGUUCGCCUGCUGCGCCAUGCAGUGCGCUUACGCGUUGCUCAUGGUCAACCACAAGACGAAAGCCAUGUACCCGGAGAACGCAUUAACCACACCCAUGGUGGAGAGCCUUCUGCUGCGCCUGCAGACGGGGCUGGCCUCUAUCUCGGCGACGCUGGAGAACUACGCCACGGCGUUUGAGGCACUUGGCGGGAUGCGCGACCAAAUUCGGAGUGUCAUCGAACCCACAAUGAUGUUUGAGACUCCGGUCUAG